UAUUACUAUUUGUUUAAACUAGAAAGAACCAGAAAAAACACUCUUGACAAAACCCUAGCAUCCUCUUUCCUCUCUCACUCAACUCCGUUCUCUGCUCUCUGUUCUCUCUCUCCGUCAAUCUCACUAAUAAAAUCUUUCCUUCAUUUUCUCCAAAUCUUAAUCAAUGGCAGCCAUGCUGCAACCCCAGAUCAUACUGCUAAAAGAAGGGACAGACACGUCACAAGGCAAAGCACAGCUAGUAAGCAACAUUAACGCUUGCACAGCCGUGGCCGAUGUUGUUAGAACGACACUGGGUCCUAGAGGUAUGGACAAGCUUAUUCAUGACGAUAAAGGAAAUGUUACCAUUUCAAAUGACGGUGCUACCAUUAUGAAGUUGCUUGAUAUUGUUCAUCCCGCUGCUAAGAUCCUUGUUGACAUUGCUAAAUCUCAGGACUCUGAGGUUGGUGAUGGGACCACUACAGUAGUUCUACUUGCGGCAGAAUUUUUGAAGGAGGCGAAACCUUUUAUAGAAGAUGGGGUCCACUCACAAAAUUUAAUACGGAGUUAUAGGACUGCAUGCAAUUUGGCACUUGAGAAGAUCAGAGAACUAGCUUUUAGCAUAGAAGGAAAAAGUAUUGAAGAAAAGAAAAGCUUACUCGCUAAAUGUGCUUCCACAACGCUUUCGUCAAAGCUUAUUGGUGGUGAGAAGGAGUUCUUUGCACAGAUGGUUGUGGAUGCUGUCAUUGCAAUUGGGAAUGAAGAUAGGCUAAAUAUGAUUGGAAUAAAGAAGGUACCUGGUGGGAAUAUGCGAGAUUCCUUCCUGGUAAAUGGUGUUGCCUUUAAGAAGACGUUUUCAUAUGCUGGAUUUGAACAACAACCAAAGAAGUUUGUAAAUCCCAAGUUACUUUUACUCAACAUUGAAUUAGAAUUGAAAUCUGAGAAAGAAAAUGCAGAGAUAAGGCUGUCAGACCCAUCAGAAUAUCAAUCAAUUGUUGAUGCAGAAUGGAAUAUCAUCUAUGACAAGUUGGAUAAAUGUGUACAGAGUGGGGCCAAAGUUGUUCUUUCACGUUUGGCUAUUGGGGAUCUAGCAACGCAGUAUUUUGCGGAUCGAGACAUAUUCUGUGCUGGCCGUGUAGCUGAAGAAGAUUUGCAAAGGGUUGCUGCUGCAACUGGUGGAACUGUGCAAACAACUGUCAACAAUAUAAUUGAUGAGGUUCUUGGAACUUGCGAGAUUUUUGAGGAAAAACAAGUUGGAAAUGAGAGGUUUAAUAUAUUCAGUGGAUGCCCUUCUGGGAAAACAGCCACUAUAGUUCUUCGUGGUGGAGCUGAUCAGUUCAUUGAGGAAGCUGAACGAAGUUUACAUGAUGCUAUUAUGAUAGUCAGAAGAGCUAUGAAAAACUCAACUGUCGUUGCUGGUGGUGGUGCAAUAGAUAUGGAAAUAAGUAGAUUUUUGAGGCAGCAUGCUCGCACAAUAGCUGGAAAGUCCCAGCUGUUUAUUAACUCAUAUGCAAAAGCCCUUGAGGUUAUCCCACGACAACUAUGUGAUAAUGCUGGGUUUGAUGCAACUGAUGUUCUGAACAAAUUAAGGCAGAAGCAUGCACUUCCGUCUGGUGAGGGUGCGCCUUUUGGAGUGGAUAUCAACACUGGUGGAAUUGCAGAUUCAUUUGCUAACUUUGUUUGGGAACCAGCAGUUGUUAAGAUCAAUGCAAUAAAUGCUGCUACUGAGGCUGCUUGUCUUAUAUUGAGCGUGGAUGAGACAGUGAAGAACCCCAAGUCUGAAAGUGCUCAGGGGGAAGCUGCUGCUGGUGCCAUGGGUGGUAGAGGGCGUGGAGGGGCUGCUUUCCGUGGCCGUGGACGCGGGAUGCGAAGACGAUAAGCUUAGAAGUGUUAUAGUUGAGAAGCAAUUUGCAACUUUUCAACUUGUCUCUUUGAUUUAGUUGAUUUCACAUUGUAUUAUUGGAAUUACAUCUGUGUUAUCUGCCUAUGCGACUUAUAAACGCCAAGUGGCCUUGCAAAUGACGCUGAAAACUUUGUGCUCAUUGUUUGCUUUUAGGAGUGCAGCAGCUGCUGCUUAUUUUUGCUGGGUGUAGAAUGUAGGUAGGGGUAUGCCAUGUUUUGUAAUUCACAAUCAAUUUGGGGGCAGAAAUGUUUCAAGGAAAUCGAAUUUUGUAGUC